GAUGCCAGUCAAUCACACGGCUGAAAUACUAAAUAAAUGACUUUCCAACAUUUGUCUUCUGACGGGAUCUUGGGCUUGGGAUAAGGCUGUUUAUGGCAAAUUUUACAAUAUUAUCUGGAGUCAUAAACUCUUUUGUUAGGAACAGUGUGUUUGUAAAGAUGACCUGUUUAAUAUGACUCGCUUUGACUUUACAAUGACACCUAGCUGUGUACUGAUGUUGAACGCAAAAUGUCAGAAUUACACACAGGAGGACGCACACCGUGUGUGGGGGUGUUAACGGAAAGAUUACUGCUGCGCAAGUCAAAGGCAGCUGUUGACAUAGACGCAACGCACCUAGCGCAGUGUCGAGUAACUGCCGGUUUAUUUUUAUACUCCCUUUUCAGUAUAGUUGCGUGGCAGAAACAUUAACACCAUGUCGCACUUUAACGUGUAACAAGACAACUACUAGUGUAGCUUCUGUUGACUAUCAUGUUAAAACAUAUUGAUACUAAGUGUUUUUUUUAACGUUUGCACGUAAACCGCACUCAGAUUGACCUGUCACAGUAGGGCAUAAGAAGUGUAAGUGAUACUGAAAGUAAGAAAGGAGGGCCAGCCGUUGCUCUCCUGCCACUGCCGGUGCACUUCUCAUAACCUGUCUACCUUCCCAGAAGAUCAUGGCUAGAGGAGGCUGCAAGAAUGUCUUCCUCUCGGUGUUUGACUACAAAACGGAGAAGUAUGUCAUCGCCAAUAAUAAAAAAGUCGGCCUGCUGUUCCGCUUCUUCCAGCUUGGAGUGCUUGUAUAUAUAAUUGGCUGGGUUUUCCUGAUACAGAAAGGCUAUCAGGAAAGAGAGGAGUGCAUCCAGAGCAGCGUGAUUAGCAAGCUCAAGGGGAUGAAUCUCAUCAAUACAUUGCAGAAUGUAUCCCACGUAUGGGGGCCUGAAGAUUAUGUCAUUCCUCCACAGGGCGAAGGAGUUUUCUUUAUUGUUACAAAUUUCAUCGAGACGCCCAAUCAGAGGCUGGGGUACUGUGCAGAGAGCACGAAGGUUGUAGAUGCUUUGUGUGAGGAUGAUGGCGACUGUAUAGAGAAGGCUACGGUGAGAGCGAGUCACGGGAUAAUGAGCGGUCGGUGCCUAAACUCCACAGGCACCUGUGAGAUUUACGGCUGGUGUCCAGUCGAGACCAACCAUAAAUCAAUGGAUGCCACCCUAAUGGGUGCUGUGAACUUCACUGUCUACAUAAAGAAUUUCAUCAGGUUUCCUCAUUUUAACUUUUCAAAAUCAAAUGUCUUGGAUACCAAAAAUGAAACUUACUUGAAGAGCUGUUUGUACGAUAAGAUCGCCAACCCGUACUGCCCCAUCUUUCGGCUGGGAAAUAUUGUUGCAUGGUCGGGAAAUGAUUUUAACAGGAUGGCUGUGAAGGGGGGGUCAAUCGCAAUUAUGAUUGAGUGGAACUGUGAUCUCGAUAAAGACAUAUGUAAUCCGGAGUACCGCUUCACUCGGCUAGACCACUCAGCCAACUCCAUCUCAACUGGCUAUAACUUCAGGUAUGCUCGUUAUUACAAAGACGAGGCAGGACAGACUUAUCGUACCCUUUAUAAAGUAUGUGGGAUUCGAUUCGACAUCAUAGUUAAUGGAGAGACUCCUCCUCAGCAAUUUGAAGUUACUCAUCAUGGAUGCUGAAUGUGCUCUGAAAAUGUGAAUCUAAAAGAACAGCACCUCAUCUAUUUUAAGGAAAAAUGUUUUUAUAUUAAUUUUUAUGCUGAACCUUGUCUUUUGUAAAUUUGCUUUGCCACAUAGAACAAACCACCUGAAUGUCUGUUAUUCGGGCUAGUUUGGCUGUGAAAUGUCAGUGUUACUUUUUCUACAAUGCAAUGCUAGACCCAAGGUGAUUAUGCAUUUCCAUGGGUGAAGUUCAUUGCUGUGUUUAAAUUCCUGGAUGAGCAACCUCUUCCUAUGCAUUAAUACCUUGUUACUCUGCUGUUUCCAUCCAGUGUUAGUUUCUACUCAGAAUGUAAAUGAUUCCAGUCAAAGUUAAACCAUUGAAGAUGACUCUUCAGACAACAAAAUUAAACGAUUGUCUGGAGAUUAUUUUGCUAGUUGGUAGCAAAAUAAUCUUUAAAUGAAUUUCAAAUUUUGUUAGGUAUACUGAGAAGUUGUGUUAUAUUUGUGACUACCUGAAUUGCUAUAAUAAAAAAGAUCUUACCAAACAAAAAGUUUCUUUUGAUUCUCACAGACGAUGUAGUUGUCAGAAUCUUAAAUAGCUGAAAUGAAUCCAUUACAUAAACAGCUAACAUAUGGUGAGAACUAUUGCACAAAAAAGCUACUACCAUAAAAGCCACAAUAUUCAUAGUGUGCUUCAGGAAACAGUGUAUUGGUUACUUGAUAAAUUAAUUAAAGCUUUGUAACAAGUCUGGA